AUAGACAAUAGUUUACCCAGUAAUUAGGGAGCCACACAGAAAUGCCAGAGCAGAAGAAACGAACCUUAAGGGAGCUUCGAGGCCAUCGGGUGCUCCAUGACAAUCACCAGACCGGACCAACCCGUUUCGAUAGUGCACAACAUUUACGCCAACCCGUUCCUCAAAAGGAGCAAUUGCCAAGUCACACCAAACGGGUCACUUUUGGCAACAAACUAGGCAAUGGAGGUAAUGACCAACCACCGAAGGCCAAAAAAGGUUUCAUGCAAGCUGGAAAGGGCCUCACAUCAGGUCUGAUCACGAUGUCACCGGUGGGCCAACGAUUACAGGCCGGUGCCAACAAUCCUGGCGAAAGGUCGGUGAAAAGAUUGCCUCGUACAGACAGCGAAUGCCAGUUCAAGGCACCGGGUAUCGAUUUUCUAACAUCACGGGAUACUAAUAUAACAACCCAUGAGAUCAAAAUGCGUCCUUCGGCGACUUUGAUUGGGAUUGAUUCUACCAAAUGCGAUUUCUUCCCGAAAUUUGUGGACAAGCGACCAUUCAAGGAACAGGGAACACAAACGCUCUAUAGGGAAUCCUCUGCACAAACGGUGGCCUAUUUGCCAGAGAUCAUGAACAAAGAGAUGGAUGAGCAUCUAGAGCUGUUUACCCUACCGGCUUUGCUGCCUGGAGACAAGCCACCGGGACUGCAUGAAGUCGAGAUCCUUGAGCGUGCCCGCAAGCGCUGGGCCUUCAAUAAGGCAGUGAAGACAAACUUUAUGAAACAAUUGCAUGAGGCUCGGGAGUUGACAAUGCAAACCAAAUACAAGCACAUACUGGAAGCUUUUGAAUGGGAGAGUUGGAUCGUGCGGGAGGAGUACAUACAGGAGUGUCAGAGGAUGCGCCUCGAGAUCGUUAUAAAAAUGUUCGACAGGCGCGAGAAGGAGAUGCAUUUAGCAUCCAAAAAACGCAUUGAAAUGGCUUGCGAGCGCAUCGAGAUGCGCCGUCAAGCUGGUCUUCACAAGAACGAGAUAGAGUAUCAGCGAAGUAAGCGCCGGCUCGAUAUACAACUCGCAAAGACAUCCCGGAAAUGGCAAAAGCAGAGUCCCCUGUAUUCUUUGGGAUCACCGUGCUCCGAGUUCUAUGGACCACUAAUCAGACACGGUGUAGAUCCGGCACGUCGGAGUUUCUUAGGCACUAACCGCAAAGCCUUCGAUAUUAGGAUGGACGACCUGGAGAAGCGCGUGAACAUGAACAACGUGACGUGUCCAUUCCGAAAACUCAAGGAAUGGUCCAAGCCCAAAGAGUAUGUUAAGGCGUAUGAACAGAACUUCUGCAAUGACAAAAAUUUGCAAAAGCUAUACGAGUCCUUGAAGGGCUUGAGAACGCAGUCGACUAUGGAAAACCGGACCGAACCGAAGUGUCGUAAGAAAAGAAAGCAAUUGACCUCGGAUAAGUACGAGAAAUAUCCAAGUUACACCCACAUAGAUUUCUAUCAGGCAGCGCCAAAACAGAUUCAACCGCCAGAGCCGACGCAGACGCCCGGUCGUCUUCCAACAAGAAGAGGCACAUUGUAUGCAAAGCACUUGGAGUCUCAGAGAAGAAACGAAGCUUUUGAGAAUUUACUGAAAACGUACGAAGGCACUUAUAUUGGUGGCAUCAUGCAGUUCCUCUCUGAGGAAAUGGGGCGGCUGAAGGAAUAUCGAAAGCUCCACUUCUUUACCAUGUUGGCCCAAAGGGAGAGAUGGCGACGCGAAGCGGGUGAAGCAGGAUUGCGGCAGAAGGAGAAUGAACUGAGAAAGCUAUACGAAGAAUUGUUCCAGAAGAGUAUUGGGGCACACUAUCAGGUCAGCAAUAAAUAUCUCAGCGCGCUUUUAACAACAGAUAUGAGCCACAUAGCAGAGAGCGAGGCCGCUCUAACGGUGACCGGGCAGGCCAAGCAAAUCGAUUUAGAUAUCCAGCGAUGGCUAGAGAGCUUCAAGCUCAUUCAGACGCCACUAACCUAUGCUCCACUGCGUCUCAUGCUACGUGACAUGGUCUCACCAGACAUGGAUGCUGCUCUUGAUCGUCAUGAGAAGGCUCUUAUCGCUAAUUAUAUUGUUGAGGACGUAAUAUUUGGCAGAGUGUGGGAGGAGCUAGAACCAUUCGACAUAUCCACCACCCUGACUAGCGACUUCAUUGAUCGCCUCAUCGACAACGAUCUCUACUUAUUCUCCACGGACAGCGAAAGUGACUCACCGCAGAAAACUUCAAGCUACGAGGCUAAGGCUAUUAUACGAAAGCUUAUCCGCCAGGCAGUUCCCGGACAGCGCUGGAAAGAUGAAAUCGAACGCAUUGUGCACGAGAACCAAAACGAUCUAUUCGAUGAUGUCUUCGCAGAAAUCAUGAAUAAAAUCGAUAAUCCUCCACCGGUGAAAUCGUCUGACCUAAUUAGUGUCCAUUCGUGUCAAUCUCAGGGUCACAUUUCGAAGACUGACAAUUUUCGAUCGUUGUGUAAUAAUGACCUCACAAUGUUCCAAAACUCAUUGCCAAAUUCUGAAUUGGAGCGCAUUCAAAUACUAUCUCUACAAAAAAAAAUUGAAAAGGACAAUGUUACCGCUGGGUUGAAGACCUUCGAUAAGUACCAUGGAGAUGACAAUGCACCUGAACAAUUGGAUAUGUUUAUAAAAUCAGAGGUGUUUAACAUCAUUAAUGACUCACAGGAAAACGUACCAGAGGAUGUGUUCGGCGUCACUGGAGUGUUAGAUCUAAGCAAGGAGAAGGACUUUAAGAUGCUUAAGCAUGCCAAAGAAGAAUUAGAAGUAGAAGUAGAGUUUCAUGUCCUACCGGUCAAUUUUUUGGAAGACCCUAGCAGUCUCCAGGAGGCGGUCUUCGAGGAAGAAGAAGGUAUAUAUAAAGAAGAGGAAGAUAUGUCCGAUAAGACUGAUUCUAGAGCUCACGCGACACCGGAAGACUUUAGUCUUCCCUUUACCUCUCAAGAAGGCACUGAAAAUGUGGAAGAUGAAUAUUUUCCCAAGGAAGAAGCCGCCUCGGUAACCGCUGAGACAAUCGUGGCGAAUUCUCAAAUAUUUAAGUUCAGAUGAUUUUUAAAUUUCGUGACAGUUAUUAUUAAUUUCCAUGAAAAUGGUACUUUGUCUUUAAUUCCAUACAUGUGCAGUGGUUGUAGUGGAAUA